GCCCAAUAUGCGAUAAGGGACCUCAUCCUAGCUAUGUCGUGUCACCCGGAAAAAUAACCGCAAGACCCUCCUGCCUUUCACGGCUGUCCAUCCGUAUCAUAGGAAACCACGUCUUCAUAUUUUCCUUCUCACCUUCGCUAGCGUGGGAUAUCGUAACCCGGUGUCAUCUGCUGGAUCCAAGCAGCUCGCUUUAUCAAUGUCCGCUUACAUCUCUUAUCUUGUCCUUCACACCCCCAAGAUCGUCUGGUUUUCAUGCCUCAUGAAAUUCUCUUUUCUUUCAUCUUCCUACCCAUACCCAAGAAACAGUUCCAGCUUACACGUGUAAGCGGAGUGGAAACGAUCUAUACGAGGCCGGUACAACAACAACGAACCAACCGUUGACUGGCUGCUGUUCGAAUAUCACUACGGCUCACGGCGGAACUACUGACAACUACGUACAACCAGUUUCGGUAGGCGUAUACAAGAGGGAAACACCUCAAGUGCGGAAUCCCCAAAGGCUGGGCUCGACAUUCACAGGUCCCGAUAUCCCGACCUUCCCUCUCAUCUCCAACAGACAAUACCCCUGAAAGGCCCCCUCUCGCCCCUCCCCGCACUGUUGAUCUUCGAGCGGACGGCCGAGCUGUGCGGGUUUGGAAGCAGAACGAAGCCAGCGAAAUUUUCUGGGGCCCUGCACUGGAACACCUCGAGAACACUUCCCGUCACCGAUGUGCCGACCCUCCGCCUCUUCCUCGCACAUUUGAUGGGUUUAUAGGCAGAGCCGUGCUCUCCGUGGUCUCCAAGGUGUGCCUUCGUGCGCUCGUCGCUGGGUUUCUUUCCGUUCUUUGUUAGACCCCGUUUGUCCCGAUCCCCUGGUCACCUUGCUUUUGUUGUCUGUUCAGGCCAUCGAUUGGUUCUCAUUUGUCAGUGUCCCUUACUCGCUCUGUCCGCCAGGCUGUCCAGAACCCCACACACCAUCACCAUCGUGGGGAGACGAGCACAUUCUUUAAAAGUUUGGGUGUCUACUUGAUAGCGCCACCACUCGCCUUGCUCGUCUCCACUGCUGGAAACAUUUCUCGGUCUGUUGGCACCUAGUCAGUCAAAGGGCAGAUAAACACCGAUUCGUAUCGGUGCCCUAUUUUGAGUAUUUCCCCGAGUACAUCGAGCCGGUUUCGAUCACUUACACGGAGAACUUGCGGCAACCAACCACACUCGUUGCUACCAUGGAUUCACAACCAAGCAGGCCGUCAACGCCCAUAUCGGCCAGCAAUGGCAUGCCUGAAAAUGGAGAAGUGAUGAGGGCAAGGAGCAAAGGACGCGAGAAACUGCUCCGAGGUCUCCAGCGUAUCUCAUCAUCACCGGCCUUGGCUCCUUUUCAACGCCAAAGGUCAUCGAGCAGUCCCUACCACGGCCAUAGCAAUCUGUCAUGCGUUAGUCUGGCUACGCCCAAUGCGCCAUCUCCCUUUGGUCAGACCAGCAUCAGCUCUUCAUACUUCUCUCACGGAGCGUCCACGGCUUCUUCCAGCGUUCCUUCUACGGCUCCGACCACCCCGGGCUUCGAGUCGCCCGCUUGCAAUGUUUCGGAUCCCAUGCUGGCGGUCCGCAAAGUUGGCCAUCCCAUUCAUGCGACGACUUCGAUCGCCUUACCUCAUCACAAGAAAAAGUUGACCACAUUCAACCUUUGGGCCAACAUGCCGCAUGAAAUCAGAAUCCAUGUUCUCUCGUUUCUCACCCCCAAGGAGCUGGUUCGCACAUCGCGUGUCAGCAAGGACUUGUACAAUAUGUGCUAUGACGGGCAACUUUGGACCAGAUGUGACGCUUCGGAGUUCUAUCAACAGAUACCAGCCGAGGCACUAGCCCAAAUCAUUGUUUCAGCGGGCUCAUUCAUUAAGGAUCUCAACCUUCGAGGAUGUGUGCAGUUGGAGCACCACAGACGCGCAGAGAUGGUGGUGAAAGCUUCUCGCAAUCUGGUCAAUGCUACCCUAGAAGGUUGCCGAAACCUACAGCGGCAGACACUGCACGAUUUGAUCAAGAGGAACAACAGACUUGUCAACCUCAAUCUUACAGGCUUGCCAGCCGUCUGCAACACAACCUUGAGACUUAUUGCCGAGUCCUGCCCGCAGUUGGAGAUGCUGAACGUCUCAUGGUGCAAACACAUGGAUGCCAAGGCCAUCCAAACCGUGUUGGAAGGAUGCCCGAAGCUCAAAGACCUACGAGUCGGUGAGGUCAAGGGAUUUAAGGACCUGGAAGUCGCAAAAUCCAUCUUUACCACCAACAACCUCGAACGCCUCGUUCUAGCAGGGUGCGAAGAUCUGAGUGACGCCGCACUACAAGUCAUGAUGCACGGGGUGGAUCCCGAAAUCGACGUUCUCACAAACACGCCUAUGGUGCCACCUCGAAAACUUCGUCACCUCGAUCUUUCCCGAUGCAAUCGUCUCACCAGCCAAGGCAUUCAAGCCCUAGGCCACCUGGUUCCAGACCUCGAAGGUCUAAUCCUCUCCGGUAUCACGACCCUGACCGACUCGGCAUUGGAACCGAUCCUGGCGUCUGCUCCCCGUCUUACGCACCUUGAACUCGAAGAUCUCGGGGAGUUGACCAACUCUCUCUUGUCCGAACACCUCGCCAAAGCUCCCUGCGCGAGCAAGCUCGAACACCUCAGCAUUGGCUAUUGCGGCAACCUAGGCGACACGGGCAUGCUGCCCGUCUUCCGCGCCUGCACAUCUCUCCGCAGCGUCAUUAUGGAUAACACGCGCAUCAGCGAUUUGGUCCUGGCCGAAGCAGCUUCUAUGGUCCGUCAGCGCGCGAUGGACGCCAGGCGUCGGGCCAUCUCUGUCAGCCCUCAGCAGGUCUCAGGCUUGCCAAAUGUCACUCUACACUUGACCGUCUACGACUGCGGCAACGUCACCUGGACCGGAAUCCGCGAAGUCCUCAGCCGAAACACCGAGCCCAUGAAAAUUUCGGUUCCUACCACUGAUACUCCCUCCAUCACCCUUACUGAGGAACCAUCAUCAUCCGACCUCACAACCUCCAUGUUCGAUACCGACAACAAAUCCGGCACCGCCACCACCACCCCCAUCAACCCCUCUCCCACCACAAGCACAACCGUCGGUACCACCACCUAUUCCUGCCCGCCCACGGAAACAAUUGCCCUAAAAUGCUACUACGGCUGGCAACAAACCGUAGACGAGCAUACCAAGCGCGUGCUUCGCGGGUCCUUUCCCUCGGCUCGCCGGCUUGAGGCCAAGUGGGCGCAGUAUAUGCAAGCCGAGGAAGAAGAGCGGGCGGGCGGGGACGGUGCUGGAAGGAGGAGACGCAGGAGGAGAGCGAGGGAGGCCGCGAUGGUGCAUGCUAAUGAGGAGGGUUUGGGCCAUCUAGGUGAGGAUGGUGAGGAUGUUUGGGGGGCUGGAGGUGGUGACGAAGGGAUGGGAGUGGCAGGAGGGAGGAGGAGGGCUAGGACUGCUGUUUGUGUUGUUAUGUGAUUCUCGUGAUUUUGGGCGGUUGUACAAGGAGUAAGUGAUGUUUCUCGUGGUUUGCGUUGGGGCCUUUUUAGAGGCCUAUCGAUGUGGGUUCGUAUAUAAGAAGCGUGUUUUUGUGGCAUUUUGUGGGCAUGGGAUGCAUAUGAGUUCGGGCAUGGUCGAGGCGUUUCUUUAAGGGUACAGGAGAUAUGGAUUCGGUUUCGUAGGACCGAACUACAUAGCAAGAGGGUCUAAAGAAAGUGUCGGGGGAGAGAGAAAAAGAGACAGGAAACCAAGAAGAAGCUGGCGCCAAGGCCUUUUCGGGAAAGGUUACGCGGGUCGAACAAUAUUCGUGUUUUCUCGGGAUUUGUUCGUUAUUCAACCUCUUCUUUUCGUCUUCAUCCUUUGCUUGAUCAUUAUUAUAACGGUCACUUCAAGGACUUGCCGUCCUUCUAGCGUAUCUGUCAGUUGCUUUCCUAUAUUCAUAGAAUAGCAGUCGUUUUGCUGUACGCAUAUGAUGAUCUGCUUAAGAAGAAGAAUAGUCUAUUCCUAGUAUCCAGACGUCUCAUGUGAAAUUAUCCACCAUUGUCUGUCGGA